AAAAAGUUAAGUUUCACACUAAACGUUAGCUAAUUCAAGUCCAGUUUAAAUUGUCUCUAAUUUCAUAACCACUAACAUAACCUAGAUUGUGCCUAGUGCCUGUCCAGUAAACAGACUUUUUGUGGUGACAAUGUCGUUUAAUAUAUUUGCUAGAAUGUUGCGGCGGAGAGAGUUACCUAUAUUGUUACAUCAUUCAACUCAAAGUUCAUUAAAAACAUUAGUAAAUACUUUGAAAAAUGUACGAUUAUCAGGAACAUGUGCCACUCAAAGUUACGGAUUUGUGCAAUUAAGACCAAUUUGCUCUCAUAGAUUCUAUUCAGUGAAGCCAGCUCAAGAUGAAUUGGAUCAUAAUGAUCAAAGUGUCACUGUUAUUGGUGAGGAUAUUCCUAGCCCAUAUACAGAUAUUGACAAAAGCCAGUUCCCUGAUUACAUUAAGGACUUUUUGAAAGAACAAGGAUUCACAAAACCCUCAGUGAUUCAGUCCCAUAGUUGGCCAAUUGCUUUAAGUGGACAGAAUUUUGUUGGAAUUGCCCAGACUGGCACAGGGAAGACACUGGCUUAUCUUUUGCCAGCUGUUGUUCACUUAAAGGAAAAGCAGGCUAGAAAAGGUAGAGGUCCCAGGGUGUUAAUCCUUGCUCCCACUAGAGAAUUAGCAAGGCAGAUUGAACAAGUUGCUAAGGACUUUCAAAGGAUGUUCCAAAUAAGAUGUGUGUGCAUAUAUGGGGGAGCAAGUAGAGCUAAGCAAGCGGCAGAGUUGGAGGCUGGAGUUGACAUAGUCAUUGCUACUCCUGGAAGGUUGAACGACUUCAUUGUUAGUAAAACUACCAGGCUUCAUAGAUGCACAUAUGUGGUAUUAGACGAAGCAGAUAGGAUGCUAGACAUGGGCUUUGAGCCUCAAAUUCGACAAGCAUUGGAAGAAGUUCCCUAUGAAAAACAAAUAUUGAUGUUUUCUGCAACUUGGCCAAAAGAAGUUCAACAUUUAGCCAAAGAUUAUUUGGGGGAAUUUGUUCAAGUAAAUGUUGGAUCUACAGAACUGUGUGCAAAUCAUAACAUUAAACAGCUCUUUCACUUUUGUGACCAGAAGGAGAAAAUGGAAAAAUUUAAAUCCAUAAUGAACAGUAUUGUUGAAGAAAGCUAUGGAAAAAUAUUAGUAUUUACUAACACAAAGAGGUUUGUAGACAGUUUGACUCUGACACUUAGAAGAAAUGGGUUCCCUGCAGCUGGAAUACACGGAGAUAAAACUCAACUACAAAGGGACACAAUUAUUCAUAAAUUUAAAGGUGGCACCAUAAAUAUCCUGGUGGCUACAGAUGUUGCUGCCAGGGGACUUGAUGUUGAUGGCAUCACUCACGUGAUCAAUUACGACUUUCCCAACACUUCAGAGGACUAUAUCCACAGGAUAGGGCGCACAGGCCGGCAGACAAAUAAGGGUGUUUCCCAUACAAUACUCACCAGUGACGAUGCAAGGCAGGCCAAGAGUCUUAUUAGUGUGCUGAAGGAAGCUAAUCAGGAGAUUCCCAGUGAAUUGCGCGAAAUGGUACAAGAUUUCCAAAUGACGAAACAUCUGGAUCAGCAAGGAAAACGAAAACCAAAGCCCAUGUUUUACUCUUCUAACAACAGAUUCAACAAAUUCCGUAGCAGUAGACCUAAUCGCACUUUUCGAUUUAACAAAAAUCUGAAAUAUGAUGAUAAUUAAUAUUAAACAGAAUUAAAAAUAAUUUGUAAAUCAUUUUAGGACAUUCUUGUAAUUGUGCAGUAAUAUACAACUACAUACACCAAUGGAGGUUUUUUAAUGUAGUUG